GGUGAAGAUAGGACUGCACAGAAGCAGCAGAACCCGAUAGCAGCGAAAAACGUGAGCACUGUCGAUAUAUCGGUUAUGAAGUCAAUUCAUGCAGAAGACGGGGGUAUUGUCGUCACAAGGGGUCACAUUUGGGUGUGAGAAUUUGAAGGGAAUUUCUGAGGCCUCUUUGAUACAUCCAUACACGCAGAUACACCCUUUCUACAUUACAUUAACGCUAUAACCAUCUCCUUUAAGACUCGAGACCCCCCCCCCCCCAUGACUGCCGUGGAGUCGGGGUGUUUUUGCAUGACGAGGUGUUCCGGACAGGUGGUCCAUGGUACAGGGACUGUGGUCUUGUGCCACAUCUGAAUCGAGCCGCGAGUCAGCGAUGGCUAUGGGUCUGUCGUCGAAAAACGCAUCUUCUCGGAGCGUCGCCGUGGAACGUAAAAAUCUCCUCACAGUUUGCAGGUUCUCUGUGAAGACGCUGUUGGAGAAGUACUCCGCCGAGCCCAUCGACGACUCGUCCGAGGAGUUCGUCAAUUUCGCCGCCAUCUUGGAGCAUGUCCUUAGCCACCGUUUCAAAGGUCCUGGGAUAUGGUUUGGCUACGACGGUCAGCGCAGCUUCUGGGACUACAUCCGCCUGGCCUGCGACAAGGUGCAGAACAACUGCAUCGGCAGCAUCGAGAACAUGGAGAACAUCGGCACGUCGCGCGCCAAGGGCCGAGCUUGGGUUCGAGUGGCUCUGAUGGAGAAGCGGCUGUCUGAAUAUAUCGCAGCAGCCCUGAGGGACUCGCAAACGACCAGAAGGUUCUAUGAUGAUGGUGCCAUCAUGCUUCGGGAAGAGGCCACCGUGCUCACUGGCAUGCUGAUCGGCCUCAGUGCCAUAGACUUCAGCUUCUGUCUGAAAGGGGAAGGGCUGGAUGGAAACUCUGUGACAACGAUUGACUACACACCCUAUCUGAAGUCCACACAGAGCUACGAGUACCUGAGCGAUGAAGAAGACAGGUGUAGCGUGGGGAGCGGUGCCAGUGACGACAGCGUCUCCGAGCACCCCUACAUCCCCCUGGUCACCCUCGAGGAGAGCUGGAGCAGCAGGUGCCGCAAGAUGGAGCAGAGGUUCAAGAUCGUCUACGCCCAAAAGGGUUACCUGGAGGAGCUGGUGCGACUGCGGGAGUCUCAGCUGAAGAAGCUGGAGAAGGAGAGCAGGCGUCUGGGCGAGCAGCUGGAGGAGCUCCAGGGGCAGAGCGUGCAGCAGAAGCAGGAGCUGGAGAGCGUGGUGCUGGAGCUGCAGGCACAGCUACUCGCUCUCUCUCAGCGCGCCUGCUCCCCGCUUCUGCCCCCUACUGUGGAGAGGGACGCAGCUUUAAGCAAGUGGGCUGAUUCGCUGACGCAUCCCAGGGCUGCUGUAAUCACCCGUGACACUAACCACCUUGCCAAGGAACUGCCCAUUCCCCUGGUCAACCAGUGGUCCUCACUCCAAACCUUCAACGACCACAAAGACGUCAAGAACUUCCGCAGAAGGAGUUUCCACGGUCUGAAGCUGAGCUCCACAGAGGCCACUAGUCGGUCUGACUCACAGAAAACAGAGAGGCCGAGUGGAGGCUCCUGGAGCCAGCCCGCCUCCCUCCCUCCCCAGAUGCACCUCCCUGGCCGGCCUUAAGUCCAGCCAAGAUCUGCCUCCCUUCUCUUCUGGCAAAGAGGUGCCACAACCUAGCCCUGAGGGAGUGCCGAGUCCUGGCCAACAACCUGCCGUUGAUGCCCCCGCCUGUAUUCAGUCAACUGCCAAUCCCAGACACUAUGCACUCAUGUGCCUAACAGGCUAUGGUGCCAACAAAUGAUCGUGCCAGCUAGCCUUUCUUUUGGGAUGCUGCCCAUGUGAUUGUGGUGGGGGGGGGGGGGGGGGGGGGGGAGGACUGAAUGACAGCUCGACAACAAUUCCUUCCACCAAUUUCCAUUCCGGAUCAUUCUCUGGCAGGAAUCCCACUGGCCGUCAAGAAUAUUUGCAGGUCGAAAAGUCAGCAGAGGUAUAAAAAACCACCAUCUUGAGGUAUACAAGACCACCAUUUUGAGGUAUACAAAACCACCAUCUUGUUUUCCCACAGUCCCAAUCGCAAUCUUUUCAUCUGCACUUGUAAUAUCUCUCUCCAGAGGCUGAAUUGAUCUUCCGUCGUCCGUAAGGCACGUCUAACAGGGCAAAUGUGGUCGUGCCCGUGUCCAAGUGCAUGAAGGAGUAACAGAGAGGCCGCUGUUCAGUUUUUAAACGGAAGCUCGUUUUUAAGAACCCGUGUUCCUGUUAAAAAGGUGUAUACGUGUGGGAGACCUUGUGCAUCUGUAGACACAAUCUCUGGGAAUUGUGUUGUCAUUUAUGGUUUCCAGUUACAGCUUCAGUGUGUCUCAACACCAGUUUCUAUGCAUUUUCUAUGCUUGUGCACUCUGCGCAUUUUUGUCUGUUUGGAAAACUGACAAAGCUCUCACAAUAAAACUGUCAUCCUUUGUGAAAUCAUUA